CGGCUCUGUGCUUUCCUUUUUGGUCGAGCAGCGUGGGCUAAAGCAGUGUGUCUGGGUGCAGUAACCGAUUCAUUCUGCGGGAAUAGCGACUUCUACAGCUGAUUCGGAAUGGACUCCUCUUUGAGUGCAGCUCAAAUCCGCGAGAAGUUCAUUGACUUCUUCCGUGGCUACGAGCACAAUUACGUCCACUCGUCAGCCACUAUCCCACUGGAUGACCCCACACUGCUUUUCGCCAAUGCUGGCAUGAAUCAGUUUAAGCCCAUCUUCCUCAACACCAUUGAUCCGUCCCACCCUAUGGCCAGGCUGCGUCGUGCCGCAAACACCCAGAAGUGUAUCCGUGCAGGAGGCAAACACAACGACCUGGACGAUGUGGGGAAAGAUGUCUACCACCACACCUUCUUCGAGAUGCUGGGGUCCUGGUCCUUUGGCGAUUACUUUAAGCAACUGGCCUGUAAGAUGGCCCUGGAGCUGCUGACCGAGGUGUUUGGUAUUUCCAUAGACCGCCUGUAUGUCACCUACUUCGGGGGUCACGCUGAUGCAGGCCUGGAGCCGGACCUGGAGUGCAGACAGAUCUGGAUCGACUUAGGGGUGGAUGAGGCUCGUAUCCUGCCAGGCAGUAUGAAGGAUAACUUCUGGGAGAUGGGAGACACCGGCCCCUGCGGUCCCUGCAGUGAGAUCCACUUCGACCGCAUUGGAGGGAGGGACGCCUCUCACCUGGUGAACAUGGAUGAUCCCAACGUCCUGGAGAUCUGGAACCUGGUGUUCAUCCAGUUCAAUAGAGAGUCAGAGACUGUGCUGAAGCCUCUGCCUAAGAAGAGCAUCGACACAGGAAUGGGCCUGGAGCGCCUGGUGUCCGUUCUGCAGAACAAGAUGUCAAACUAUGACACUGACCUCUUUGUCCCGUACUUUGAAGCCAUUCAGAAGGGUACAGGUGCUCGACCAUACACCGGUAAAGUAGGGGCCGAGGACACUGAUGGUAUUGACAUGGCCUAUCGUGUGCUGGCUGAUCACGCCCGCACCAUCACCAUCGCCCUAUCAGAUGGCGGCCGGCCUGACAACACAGGAAGAGGCUACGUGUUGAGGAGGAUCCUGCGUCGCGCCGUCCGUUAUUCACAUGAGAAGCUGGGAGCUCAGAAAGGCUUUUUUGCAACUUUGGUGGAUGUGGUGGUUGAUUCCCUGGGCAAUGCCUUCCCAGAGUUAAAGAAAGACCCAGAGAUGGUGAAGGACAUUAUAAAUGAGGAGGAGGCGCAGUUCCUCAAAACCCUCAGCAGGGGACGCCGUAUCCUUGAUAGGAAGAUCAUGAGUCUGGGAGACAGCAAGACCAUUCCAGGUGACACAGCAUGGCUGUUGUAUGACACAUACGGCUUCCCUCUGGACUUGACCUCCCUCAUCGCAGAGGAGAAGGGCAUGGUAGUGGACGUUGCCGCCUUCGAAGAGGAGAAGAAGGCAGCACAGUUAAAGUCCCAGGGUAAGGGUGCAGGAGAUGUGGACCACAUCAUGUUGGACAUCUACGCCAUCGAAGAGCUGAGAAACAAGAAGAUACCCGCCACAGAUGACAACCCCAAAUACAGAUACACCUCUGAGGAAAACGGCAACUACACGUUUGAGCAGGCCUCAGCCACAGUGUUGGCCCUGCGCUGUGAUCGCGCCUUCUGCGACCAAGUGACCACGGGUCAGGAAUGUGGUGUGCUGCUGGACCAGACAACCUUCUAUGCCGAGCAGGGCGGACAGACAUUCGACGAGGGUUACAUGGUCCGAGAGGAUGACAGCACUGAAGAUCGGAUGGAGUUUACAGUUAAGAACACUCAGGUUCGAGGAGGUUACGUUCUCCAUAUUGGGACAGUCUAUGGCAUUCUGAAGGUUGGAGACCGCGUUACUUUACGUGUAGAUGAGGCUCGUCGUAGGCCCAUCAUGAGCAACCACACUGCCACACACAUCUUGAACUUUGCCUUGCGGGGGGUUUUGGGGGAGGCAGACCAGAGGGGCUCCCUGGUGGCCCCUGACCGCCUGCGUUUUGACUUUACUGCUAAAGGUGCGCUGAGCACAGGGGAGGUCCGCCGGACUGAGGAGAUCGCUUGUGCCAUGAUAAAAGAAGCUAAGCCGGUAUACGCCCUGGAUGCCCCACUAGCACAAGCCAAGGCCAUUCAAGGCCUGCGUGCCGUGUUCGAUGAGACCUACCCCGACCCCGUCCGAGUCGUGUCUAUUGGUAUCCCUGUUGAGAAGCUGCUGGAGAGUCCCGACAGCACUGCUGGUUCUCUCACCUCUAUCGAGUUUUGUGGUGGAACCCAUCUGCAGAACUCGGGUCAUGCCGCGCCGUUUGUCAUCGUCUCAGAGGAGGCCAUCGCUAAGGGCAUCCGCCGCAUUGUUGCUGUGACAGGAACAGAGGCCCAGAAGGCCCAGAGGAAAGCCGAUUCCCUUCAGCAGUCUUUGUCUGAACUGGGAGACAAGGUGAAGCAGCAGACUGCUCCCAACAAGGACAUUCAGAAAGAGAUCGCAGACAUGACAGAGUUGAUAGGCACAGCAGUGAUCUCCCAGUGGAGGAAGGACGAGAUGAGGGAAUCCUUGAAGGGCCUGAAGAAGACCAUGGACGACUUGGACCGCAACUACAAGGCUGACAUCCAGAAGAGAGUCCUGGAAAAGACCAAAGAGGUGAUCGAAAGCAACCCCAACCAGCAGCUGCUCAUAAUGGAGAUGGAGGUCGGAGCCUCAGCCAAGGCACUGAACGAGUCACUGAAGUUGCUGAAAACGCAGUCUCCUCAGACCGCUGCGAUGCUCUUUACCGUAGACCCUGACGCUGGCAAGAUCACCUGCUUGUGUCAAGUCCCACAGGAUGUGGCAAACCGCGGUCUGAAAGCCAGCGAGUGGGUUCAGGAACUAUGCCCCCUGCUGGACGGCAAAGGAGGCGGCAAGGACAUGUCUGCCCAGGCCACUGGCAAGAACACACAGUGCCUGCAGGAGGCGCUACAGAUGGCCAACAACUUUGCACAGCUUAAACUGGGAGAGAACUAAGAGGAGAGAGGGGGGUGCAUGGGAGGUGGAGAGAGGAGGAGGAGAUGAGGUUGCAAACAUACGUUGAGUAGCAUCAUGGAAAUAAUGUAAUGGUUGAGUCCUGAGUCUAACUGAGUUAGAAACCCCCAAACAUCCUCCUCUCUUCUUCUCCCUAUGGGAAAUUCACGGGCCUCUUGCUUACUAUGUUGACAGAUGACCACACUGACACUCAGCCAGCAGUAACUGAGCCCCUCAUAUUUGUAUUGGGACUACGAUGUCUGACUUACCCCAAUAAAAAUUCAUCUCUAUGGAAAUUGCUUGAAUUCAUAUGAAGAUCCUCUCAGUCAGUUAAAUGAAAGAGGGCAGCAGAUGAUUUGCGACUUUUGUUAUAGAGUGUCCUCUUCAUUGUUGCAUGCUUGUGACAAAGGAAAAGGGAUUGACUUUGAUCGAUUUAGCCUCCGACAAGUACUUUACUCCACCUAGUGUGGACUCUACAGUUAGCUUUUGAUAAACUUCCAUCCUGCCUCUGUGUUUUUCCUCAGUGUGGCCCUGGUUAUUUAAAUACAAGCCCCAGAGCACUUUGUCUUUCCUGCUCGUUCAAGGCUGCUUUAAACUUCCUGUACACUGAAGCUCAGCCUCUAAAAGAGAAGUGAAAAGUCAGCCCAGCUCUGAAAUGAUUUAGAUGCAGUAUACACUGUUUGUCCUGAGUUGGCUGAAGGCUUUGAUCUGAUCUCUGAACAGUGGCUCCGUCCAUCUGAGUGAGCGAAACCCUGAGUCCUCUCCUGUGAUUGGUUUGACUUAAGUUGUACACACAGUAGCUGUAUCAUAGUCUUGCUUAUAAAAUAACAAGCCAUUAUCUGACAUGUAAGAAGAAGAAGAAAUGGGUUUAAUUUAGUAAAUUAAUAAUUCAUUAACUGUAUAAAAUCAUCAUGAACAUGUCCAAUAAUUAAUCUGUGUAACUUCAUUUUGCUGACAUUUAAUAGUCUUUUGUCAUUGUAGCUGUUCCAUGUCAGAGAAAUGUCACGUUAUGGGAAUGGAAUAAAUACCACUAUUAAAUGCCA